AUGGGAGUUGCUGAUGCUGGCGGUAAUCAUACACUUCCCGAAUCUUCCAUCGUUCUUAAUGGCAAUGCUAAGGACGAUGGCAGCAUUGUUAGCUAUCAGUGGACACAAGUCUCAGGUCCUGCAAAUGCUUUGUUGGUGAAUGCCGACAAAGCCAAAGCAACAGCAUCGGGGCUGAUAGAGGGUCAUUACGUGUUAAUGCUCGUUGUGGAAGACGAUGGAGGUCUGAAAGCCAACGCAUCUGCAUUUAUCAGCGUGGAAAGGAGUAAGCUUUCACUUAUACAGCUUUGGUUAUACAAAUGA